GUUAGGGCGCUUCGUGACGAGAGCGCUCCGCGGCGCGGGCACGCUUCGCAGCAGCUGGCCGGGCUGGGAUUUCUUCCGGCAUUCGCGAAUGCGCUAUGGUGCAUCAUCGGAUCAUCUCUGGAGCAGCAGGGCGACGCGCUGUGAGGGCUGUAUUGAGCCGCUGUGGCCUGUGGGAGGGCGGGAACAUCCGGAGCUCGGCGACUCAGCAGAAUAUAUAUUCGCAUGGUUCGAGACAUUGUUAUAGUGGUUUUGCGCAUAGCAAUGUUGGAAGAGGGGCUUUUUACACAUCGAGUGCUAGAGGCUUCCAUUCCACAGCUCCAAGGAACGAUUUUUACGAUACACUCGGGGUGUCAAAGACAGCUAGUGCGUCAGAUAUCAAGAAAGCCUAUUAUGCGCUUGCCAAGAAACACCAUCCUGAUAUGAACAAGGACGAUCCUGAGGCUGAUAAGAAGUUCCAGGAAAUCCAGCAGGCAUAUGAAGUUUUGAAAGACGAUCAAAAGCGGAGUAUUUAUGAUCAAGUGGGACAUCACGCUUAUGUCGAGCGAGCAGAUGGAGUACCGCCUGGGCCUGGUCCGGGUUUCAGCUCGAUAUUUGAGGACAUCUUCAAUGGCCCCGGUGGUGGUCCAAACAUGGAGGAUAUUUUAAAUUCGAUGUUCGGUGGGAAAGGACCGAAGAACACAAACGUGAAUGUACAAAUUUCUUUCAUGGAAGCGGUAAAUGGCUGCACAACCAAAGUCACAUAUCGAACUCAAGUACGAUGCGAAAAGUGCAAGGGUGCUGGCGUUCCAAGCGGAGUAAAGCCGCAGACUUGUAAGUCGUGCAGGGGAGCUGGGAGGAUAUUCAUGCAAAAAGGAUUCUUUUCCGUGGAGUCCAGUUGCACAGCAUGCGGAGGAAGCGGCCAGUUUGUCAAGGAGCAUUGCAAGGCCUGUCAAGGGUCUGGCACAGUGAUGGGUGUCAAAGAAGUUGAUGUGGAGAUUCCCGCCGGUAUUGAAAGUGGAAUGAACUUGAAGAUAUCUGGCGAGGGAGGAAGUGGUUCUCGGGGACAACGAGCCGGAGAUCUCAUAGUCAAAGUAGAGGUUAAGCCCGAUCCAGUUUUCCGGAGAGAAGGCGCUGACGUCCACGUUGAUGUUCCGAUCACUUUGGUUCAGGCUGUUCUGGGUGGAACCAUUGAAGUGCCAACACUGACAGGAUCAGUCAUGCUGAAGGUCAAGCCUGGUACUCAACCCGGUCAGAAACAAGUGAUGCGUGGAAAAGGUAUCAAAGUCACGCAACGACACGCUUAUGGCGACCAAUACGUGCACUUCCGCGUCAACAUCCCAACAACCGUGAGUGAUAGGCAGCGGCAACUUCUAGAGGAAUUCGCGAGAGAAGAAUCUAACGAAGACGAGAAUGCUACAGCCGAAGGGAGCUUCUAAUUCACAAAAGGUAGCGUUCCUUCUUGGCGGUGGCUCACACCUAGUUUGAUUGGAUCAUUCCCGCUCCAGUGGAAGCACAUUUUUGAGUAUCUAGAACCUUGUAAACAUCAAUAGAGCAAUGUAGAAGCUUAAACCCUAGGCCCCUAAAA